AUGGCUCCCUUAGUUUGGUUCAUCACUGGCGGCAAUUCAGGUUUCGGCCUCCUACUUGCCCAGCACGCCCUAGCCAAGGGCGACACCGUCAUCGCCACGGCAAGAAGCGUCGCCAAGUUCCCAAGGGAGAUCCUGACCUCCUCCGCACUCCUCGUGCAGAUGGAAAUCACAGAGUCCGAGGCUAACAUUUCCACCGCCAUCGAUGACAUGGUCGAGAAAUACGGCCGCAUCGACGUCCUCGUGAACAACGCCGGGUUCGGCCACGUCGGCGCCGUCGAGGAGAUCUCGUCCGAGGAGGCGCGGUACCAGUUCGACGUCAACUUCUUUGGCCUGUACAAUUUCACGAGAGCCGUGAUCCCCCACAUGAGGAAGCAGGGGUCCGGGGUCAUUGUUCAGCUCUCCAGCGGUGCUGGUCUGCUGGGAGCUCUCGGCGGACCAGUCUACUCUGCGUCCAAAUUUGCCGUUGAGGGGCUCACGGAGAGCAUGGCCUUGGAGCUGCAGCCGUUUGGUAUCAGGGUCCAUCUGGUGGAGCCGGGCAUCUUCAGGACGGAUUUCCUGAAACCGGCGGCGGAGGGGAGGAACAUGGGACAAAAGAAGGAGGGGUAUUUUGAUAUUGGUGGCGCCAUGGGCGGCAUACACGGGAGCCAGCCUGGCAAUCCGCAGCUUGGGGUCGAGAGGAUUUAUGAGUUGGUGACAGGGACGGGGAUGGCUGCGGGCUUGCAGGACCAGUUGAGGAUGCCAAUGGGGUCGGACUGUUAUGGCAUGCUGAAGAAGAAGGUGGCUAUGCUCAGUGAGACCCUUGAGAAGUUUGAAAAGAUCGCGGCCAGCACGGAUUAUUAG